AUGUCUUCAACGGGCUCACCAGGAACUUCUUCUUCUUCUCCAGCAAUACGUAAAGGGUUUCCUCCAAGAACUCCUUCUAGCAGCAGUCUGCGCAGCGAGACGUCGUCUAGCCCGCCGACACUGAAAACGGUGAACGUGUUAGAACCGGCCACAAGGUUUGCCCUAGCCGACCUGACCGCCUGUGUGCUUCGGCUUGAUUUCUGGGACGAUGCGGAACCGAGUAGUAUAUUUAUUUCGAAAUUAGCUUUUGAAAUUACUGCCAGUCACCUAGAAAUACCGGAAAAAGUCACCCGUUCCAUCAAAAUGCAUUUGGAGGGCGAAGAAAGCUUACCUGACAUAGCUGCCUUGAUUACAACAAUCAAGAACGACGGUGUUGUCAGUGAAAAUGGAUCUAUAGUGGUUUUAAGCAGUAUUCUAGUGGCAUUCGUAAAUUCAGGGAACUAUGACUCUAGGUACCGAGUUCUGCUUAGGCACCUUGCUACAUUGUUGUCCGUAGUAUGGGAAGAAUUCGAAGAUUUCGAGGAUUCGUUGGCUACCACACUGGUGAACGAAGUUUUCGUGGAGUCCAAUCACUCAAAGCUCGCCCGAGAAAAGAAGCAAAGAAACAAGAAAAUCAAGCGAUUUCUACUUGUCGGAGCUGCUGGCGGUGUAGGCGGAGUUCUUAUUGGUCUAACAGGAGGACUUGCUGCUCCUCUUGUAGCUGCUGGUGCAGGGGUAAUCAUCGGUUCUGGAGCAGCUGGUUUGGCAACGACUGCCGGUGCAGCAGUCCUUGGAACGACUUUUGGGGUUGCGGGAGCUGGACUGGCCGGCUACAAAAUGAGUAAGCGAGUUGGAGCCAUCGAGGAAUUUGCAGUAGAAACUUUAUCCGAAGGUCAAAGCUUACAUUGCGCUCUCGUGGUAUCUGGUUGGAUUGAGGAGGAUACAUCUUGCGAAGAAGCGUUCGAACAUCAAUGGAGAGAUCUCAACUUGGCUCGUGAGCAGUAUACAUUACGUUAUGAAAGCAAGUAUCUCAUGGAACUGGGGAAAGCAAUGGACUACAUUAUGAGUUUCGCGGUCUCUGUUGCCAUUCAACAAACGCUCAUGGAAACCGCUUUAGCAGGUCUUGUCGCAGCCGUUGCUUGGCCAGUAGCAAUUCUCUCCUGUGCUUCUGUGCUGGACAAUCCAUGGAAUGUGUGCAUAGCAAGAGCUGCUGAGGUAGGAGAGCAUCUGGCAGAGGUUCUUCUUAGUCGCUCACACGGUAAGCGACCUAUAUCAUUAGUUGGUUUCUCGCUUGGUGCAAGAGUCAUCUAUCAUUGCCUUUUAGCUAUGAGUAAAAGAUCAGAGUCAUCAGGGAUAAUAGAAGAUGUUAUCCUUUUGGGAGCACCAGUCUCUGCUUCUCCACGACAAUGGGCUCAAAUAUGUACAGUUGUAGGAGGUCGAGUUAUUAACGGUUACUGUGAGACGGACUGGCUCUUGAGAUUUUUGUAUCGUACAAUGAGUGUGCAGUUCACCAUAGCUGGAACUGGUCCUGUAGAUAACAAGAAUAACAAAAAGAUACUCAACUACAAUCUCAGCCAUAUAGUGAAAGGCCAUCUUGACUACUCCAGAAAACUUUCCGAGGUGCUGGAUGCGGUUGGAAUUAGCGUUAAACGAUCAAGUGUCACCGAGCUUUUUCAAGAGGAUACACGGGAAGCUAUUGACGAAGCGCAGGAUGUGUUAAAAAUGACAAUCCCUGUGAAUAAUAAUGAUUUUGACAAUGAUCCUUCACCCGAGUAUUGUACUGAGACAGACCCGAAAUCUUCAUCAAACACCAUCGAUUAA